GAACAAGAAUGCCUUUAGGAGAACGAAGACCCUCGUCUGUUCCGACAGAGAAGUUAGCCAAGUGAUGGAGAAUACUCGAUAUCUUCCCAAUACUCAAUGGUAAUCAACGAAGUACAAUACAAUCCUUAAACCAUACGUCCUUGGGAGGAUUGAAUCCAUUCGACAAUGACAUCGCGCAAAAUUCUUUCAAUUCUGAUACUGUCCCAGAUUUUCUUCUGCCUCAUUUCGGGAAGCCAUUCUAUGGCGGUGCCUCGGCCGACAGAACGCCAAAGCGGUUUCAUGCAAAAGAAUGUCGGGCAAUCAACCACGCGCCGAGCAUUUUCCGCAUCGAUGACUGGAGCCGCGAGUGCCUUCCUCGCGAGACAGAGACAUGACGAAGCAAAUGCCGCGAUUUGGAAUCCAUUCGGGAAGGUGGAGCCCUGGACGUACGCCGACUUCAAGGGCAUGGUGCAAUCCGGUCAGAUAGAGCAGGUUGUCUUUGGUGUGGGUGGGACGUCCCUGGUGUGUGUCGAUGCGAACGGAAUCACGAGGUCUCUCGAGGACCUGCCGGACGAUCUGACCCUGCUCAGGGAGCUGUAUCAGGGAAACGUGGCCGUGACCAUGCAGGACCUUCCGCCAAGGGCGAUGAGCGCCUCGGAGUGGUUCAAAGACGUGAUGGGAUUCGAGGAACUGACGGACGAAGAAAAGUACAAAUACAGAGGCUACAAAACAUUUCGUAUGAACACACACGGAGAGGUGCCGUCGAGCCUGUUAACGAGUUUUUAGUUGCGAACAAAAUGAAACGGAAUCGACUCUACUCGACUCAAGUCGCCGUAGAAAUCUAUGGAUUUGAUUUGUUCCUGAUUUUGUCAUCGCGCAGAUUGAUACCAAAUUUCAAAAUCACUACCAAUGAUUUCAACUAGCAAAAUGACAACAGAACUAGACGGUCUACAACAUAUUCUUUAUCCACAUGAAAAGAAGUCUUCCGUGACGGCGUUGAGAAAGAGUUCAACGGUAUUCGACGUCAACAAUACAACAUUAGAAGUAGCCUUAUUAAACCAUAGCUCGAAUA